AAAAAGCAUUAAAUUUUAAUUUAGAAAAAAGAGACCAAUUGAUAAUAUGGUACUGCUAAUAUGUAACUUUACUGAAUGGAGAAUGAUUGUUUCGUGCAUAUACAUAUCUCAAAGAUGCAUUAUCAAGUUGUGUGUCUGUGCUACAGAAAGAACAGAAAAAUAUAUUUUAUUUGUAACAAAAAUAAAAAAAAAAUACUAGUGCUACUAUUUCAUAGUUCAUUUAUCAGUCAUUUUUUUCGGAUAUUUUUAGAAAAAAAAACCGGAUUUUUUCCUUAAUUUUACUUUUCCGGAAAAUUAAAAACACUAGUCUCGUCCCGAAAACUAAUAUUGUUGUACGACAAAUUUGUCAAUGUUGAUUGACUAUAGCAAAGCUCUUAAAUCUCUAGAAAUUCUUGUAUCUUGUAGCCAAUUAAUAUAAAAAAAUUCGUACGAUAAAUGAAAUAUUAGUCUAACGCGGGCCAGAUGACGGAUAAAUCAACGGACGGAUCGCCGUUGAGAAUGGUGGUGCCGGCGUUCUCUCUCGGCGUUCUGGCGAGCCGGCGACGUACGCGAUCGCGAGGUCCCUGGGGAUUGGCACGGUGACGGCGCCGGGUGGCACAGGCCAGCAUCCUUAUCUCCGGGGAACCGUGUACCACACGCUCUCUCGUCACACGCUCUCGUCGACGUCUUCCCGCCUGGAGGAUUCGACCACCAGUUGCAGUCUCGACACGACUACCGAUCGGUCGUGACGAACGGAUCGACGUUUUCGAUUUCGUGUAUCUCAUCUCCCACGAAAUUCGGACGUGCGCGAGAUUUCGAAGGUGUACCCUCGCCACGACGUUCUGUUAUCGAUUUUUACCAUAGCUAUCCAUACACAUUUUAGAGAUCUCGCAGUCGACUGUAAAGAGAAGAGUUACGGUGGCAUUGCAGAUUUCUUGUAACGCUCAUGACGCUCUAUAUACGACAUCGACAUUGUCAAAGAGACAGGAUUGCGAUUAUGAUCUAGUACAAGCUAAAUAUACUGCGAGGAGAAGUUUGCCUUUGUCUGCUUCACGCGAAUACAUUGUGAUGCGAUGAUCGAUAAACAGAUCCUCACGUCAAUAUCGGAACAUACGGCUGAGUCAAUCUUGAAAGCAAUCAUGUAAACGUCAGAUGGAAUCGUUAUUCUGAAAGUUAUUGUUACGCGUGGUCGCCAAUUCAUACGAAAAGCGCGGUUUCUGACGAUCUUAGCUUCGAUUUAAUUUUCCGGCAUCAUGAUCGAGGAAGCUGCGACCUACGAUAUGACGGAUGAGCUACUGUUCUCCGCCCUUGGCUUGACUAUGGACUCCAGCAUCGAGAGACAGCUAUUUUCCCCGACCAAGACAAAUCUACUUAGCGACUAUGAAGCAUCGUGUGCGACUCCGCUUAGCGACGAUUUUGGAAUGUUCGACAACCAGUUAAACACGACAAAUCCAACAGAUUUUUACACGGACUUGAGUAAUUCCCUGCAAUCGUUUUUGAGCGACUGGUCGACCACCAAUACGCCCACGUCGUCAGGUUACUUAAGCGAACUGAGCGAAUUGGAUUCGGAGCUGGACUGGUGUCUAGAGAAGAGCUGGGACUCUGGCCUACCGGAACGAACGCCACUGUGCACCGCAGGAUGCGAAGGAUUUUUGCAUCUGCCGCCUCUACCGAAUCCGCAGCAAACGACACAAUAUGAAGAACCGUUACUAGUGCUCGGCAUCGAUUUACGAGCGUUGGAUAACACGUUAGGAACAAAUACGAUAGAUUAUAACAACAACCAGUUAGAUGACAGUCUCCUAAUCUCAUCAGCAGCUACUGCCGCAUUAGCAACCCACGAUUAUACCAAUCGCAGCUUAGCAAAUGCGUCUGAAGAUCGAUGCUUUCCAUGUACCUACCAAGGGUGCCUAAAAGUAUACGCCAAAGCGUCUCACUUGAAAGCUCAUUUACGACGACACACCGGCGAGAAACCGUUCGCGUGCACUUGGGCCGGAUGCGUAUGGCGUUUCAGUCGAUCGGACGAGCUAGCGAGGCACCGACGAUCGCACUCGGGUAUUAAACCGUAUUCGUGCGAGAUGUGUUCGAAAAGAUUCGCACGCAGCGAUCAUCUGGCCAAACAUCGUAAGGUGCACCGGAAAAAUGCCUACCCGUUGUUCCACGGAGCUAGAGGACUACGCGGCGGCAAGACGAACGUUUCAUCGUCAUAAGUUUAAUUGUAAAACUCCCUCCAUCCCCUCGCGUCUUUUAGAAUUUCGUCUUAAUUAAUAAAUUAAGUUCAUUAUUAAGGACAUAAAUUUACGACACUAUGGCAUAACUUCUAUAUAAAUUGACAAAUAAAGUACUUAAACUGAUCCUUUAUAUGAAACUAAGAAAGAUGCUUGCGCCAUGUUAAUAGUAUAGAUUAGCAUUUCUUAAUAUUUUUGGCGGCUAACUCUUCUUGAAUUCUUAAAAUUGUCUUAAUAUACUUAUCUACGUUCCUGUUCAAGAACCACUAGUAUUAAUUCUAAUGAAACUAGCAUAAAUGCGUUGUAUUAAGAUGUUCGAAAAAUUUAUUAUAUAAAUUUUUCAGAUACCAGAAAUUUUUUCAAGCAAAAUUAGCGAGAAACAAAUCGAAAAGAUACAUUAAUGCAAUGAAAGAUUCAAUCAACUUCGUACGACUAGUCCCUAUUGGUGACAGUUAAUUUGUUAUUUUGAUAAAAAAUUGUUAUUAAUGUGUUUUAUAGAAUGAUAAAAUUACGAUAAAUGCGA